AGGUCUUGGGGCAGAGGUAUAAAAACCAGGACAAGUCAGGACACUAUCACACAGUGUGCUAUACAUCACCAGGUGCUUACUUUCAUCAAAGCAGAGGACUUCUAACAGGUGUCAGAAGCCACGAUGUCGGGAAGAAGCUUUCAGGGACUGAAGGAACAGGCUGAAUCUGCAGCAAAAGAUGCUGCAAACAGCCUGGGACAGGCCACUCAGGAUUCAGUCAACCAGAUUACAGAUGCAAGCCAGAAAGCUAUUGACAAGGCUGCCAAGAUGGCACAAGACGGAGUAGAAAAAGCGACUGGACAAGCUGCAGAAGCAGUGUCUGGCUUUGGGAAAAAAUGUGGCUUUAAAAAAUGAUGCUGAUUUAAGUCAGCAGUAUUGCAUGUAUAAAUAUCUCUUUGGCUUGCAAUUCCCUCCUCCUUUGUGUAGAAAAAAAAUGAAAGCUGUUUGAUAUCUGGAUGAUUUCUCUCUCUUCAAAUACAAAAUUUUAAGAUGGAAGAUCCCUCUCAUCCUUCACAGAGGAAAAAAAUGUAUCCUUUAGCACAUCUGCUCACAAUCAUCAACAUGGCUCAAAGGGCUUCAGCAAUGCUGUUGCCCUGCUCUUACAACAGAACAAUUAUUGCCACAUUUGCUUGAGUGUAUUUACAAAGACACUGAAACUGUUCAUACUUCAGGACAGCAGA